AUGGCGGGGCGCGGGGGCUGCGGAACGCGUGCUCCCCGCUCUGCCCCGCCUGCAGCCGCUUUCCACGGCCCGGCGCCCGCCCGCGCCGUGGUUCGAGGACCUCCAGGCUGCCGCCGGGACGGCUCCGGGCUGGCGGCGGGGCCGCCCCGAGCGGCAACUUUCGGCCCCGGGCCUCAGCCGCCCGGUCGCUCACGGAAGCUAGGGGAGAUGCUGGUGGCAGCGGAGCUGAGGGGCCGGCGGGCGGGGCGGCGGUUGAGCGCGGCGUUGGUGCCACCUACCGGCACGGACGCGUCGCAGCAGCCCGGCCCCGUCAGUGCCGACACCUUCCCCGCCAGGCUGCGGCGGCUGGUCAACAGCCCGCGCUGCCGCUCCGUUCGCUGGGGCGCCUCCGGCCGGGGGCUGGUCAUCAACCAGCCGCGCUGUGAGUGCGAGCUGCUGGGCGCCGGGCCGGCCGUCGCCGCGCAGCCGGGUGGCCGUGGGGCAGCGGCAGCCGUCGGUUUCUUCAAGACCACGAACUUCAGCAGCUUCAUGCGACAGCUCGGUCUCUAUGGCUUCCGCAAGCCCCCACUUUUGCCGCGACCGCCACGACCUCCUCGUCCACCUGAAGCGCCUGACGAAGGGCAACAAGGCGAAGAUGGCAGCGGGCCUGGAUGUGACCAGCCGCCCACCCAACCGCUUCCAGCGCUUGCUUGGCACGCCACUGAACGGGCAGCCGCUGCCUCCGCCCUCGACGCUCAGCAAUGCCAACAGGCCUGA